UUAAUUAAGAUAAAUUAAAAAAAUAUAUAUAUAUAAUUACUAGUAAAUUCAUGGUGUAAAAAUUGUAUUGCAAAAUUUGAUGUUCUAAAUUCAUAACUAAAGUUCUAAAUCGUACAUUCGCAUGGCUUUAAGAGUCGGUCUACGUCUGCAUAAAAAUUGCUCUAAACUUGUAGCCGGUGGCAAUUCUCCAUUGCAAUUCAUUCGAUUGAAGAGUUCAAGUGGAUCUAAUAUUCCGAAAAUGCGUUUCGUACAAUUUUUGCGUAAGAAUGAUAACCGUAGGCGGCUUGGAGUAGUGUCUGAGGAUGGAACAAAGCUCGUAGAAUUAUCCGGUGGAGCUUGCAUUUCCAACGAUAUGGUUUCAUUUAUCUCUCAAGGAAUUUCAAUAGAAGAGGUUCAACGCAAGAUAAAAGGUCUCCCAAGUGAAGAAAUGACCGAUGCGCACAUUCUUUUACCGCCAGUUGUGAAUCCACAAAAGAUCAUUUGCAUUGGAUUGAAUUAUAAAGAUCAUUGUGAAGAGCAAAACAAACCUGCUCCCAGCGAGCCAAUUUUUUUCAGCAAGUUUAACACAGCUUUGACAGGUCCAACUGGAGACGUUAUCGCACAUAAAAUCACUACGAAAAUUGAUUGGGAAGUUGAAUUAGCUGUGGUCAUUGGAAAGGAAGCCAGAAAGGUGUCAAAGGAAAAUGCCAUGGAUUAUGUAUUUGGAUACACAAUAGCUCAGGACAUUUCUGCUAGAGAUUGGCAAAAGUCACGUAAUGGAGGGCAAUUCCUAAUAGGAAAAACAAUGGAUACAUUUCUUCCUUUAGGACCAGCAAUUGUUCAUAAAAGCCUUAUCAAAGACGUAUAUGAUCUAAAUGUCCGCACAGUUGUCAAUGGUGUCGAAAAGCAAAACCACUUCACCGGAGAUAUGAUUUUCAAAAUUGAUGACGUCAUACAUAGAUUAACGCAGAGUAUCACUCUGAAGCCAGGUGAUCUUAUUCUAACUGGGACACCAAAGGGUGUUGGCAUGUACCGAAACCCACCAGAGUAUUUGAAACCUGGUGAUGUUAUUGAAACUGAAAUUCAAUGUUUGGGUAAAAUGGUUAACAAAGUAGUCGCAGACUCUUGAAGUGAUAAUUUGCAAAGGGUAUUUUGAAAAUAAGUGUAAAAUGGUU